AUGGGAAGCGAUCAUGUUCCCUUGGCCAAACACUAUACGCUGCACGAUAAGGACUCCACCAUGACGAUCAUUCGGAGACCUGGUUCAGGAUCUCGCAAGAGAUCAGUCCUUUGUGUCGUCUGUACCGUCAUGAUUGUUUUGGGGUCACUCCUUGCCUUGGCUUGGCUUCCCGGACAGCCCUCACCACCGUCGGUGUCUUCUGCUAGCGGAAUCGAGGCCCACCCAGAGUUGGUGCCUGCAUCUAGCCUUAGCCGAAACGCCCUUGCGACGGUCGUACAUCGCAAGCGCCAAGAUUUGGCCAACGCGCUGCGCACACUCGAGGAAGGCAAUCUUCCGUACCGAUUGCGAGCUCUGCGCAAGAAUCACCAAAUAGUCGGGGAACGCCUCGCGGAAGUCAAGGCCGGCACCGAAACGGUCGAAGAAAUUCUGCACGGACACGACAUGAGUCAUCAUGUAUCGGAGAAACCUCCCAUGGAAUUGCAGGAAGUCAUUCAAUAUUUAGACGAAUGGAUUCAUGAACUUCAUCAGGUACUGCUUUCGUUGAAACACGCAACGUUUGAAGGUGUCUGGCAAGCCUAUCACGAUCUGGCGGUCAGUACAUUGUAUCCAUGGGAUCGGGAGUAUUUGCAGCGCAUGCCGCCUCGUAGAGACGAUGGGAGUAUCUUUCUGAGCGUUGCAACCUACCGAGACGAGAAUUGUUACAAUACUGUCUAUAACGCAUACGCCAAAGCAAAAAAUCCGGACCAGUUGUUCAUAGGCCUCGUUCAGCAAAACUGUCACGCCGACUGCAAAUCAGGCGUACUCGCCAACCGAUCCAUGGUAGCCGUUCCCCCUGAUGAAGACUGUCACCAGCGCUUUUGCGACACCGAAUUGGGUAUGCCCAUUUGUGCCAAUCAGCAGGUCCGAGUAUUGAACAUAAACGAACCGGAAUCGCUCGGACCCUAUGCUGCUCGCUAUUUUGCCAGCAAACUCUGGUACGGUGAGCAAUGGUACAUGCAGAUUGAUGCGCACAUGACCUUUGCCACGCACUGGGAUCAAAUAUCCAUCAACAUGCUGCACAAGGCACCGUCGGCCAAACCCAUCCUCAGCCACUAUCCUCCUGGACACACGGCCAAUCUCGAUCAUCGUUCGAACAUUGCCGGCGCACGCUUGUGUGGACCCGUCUUUGCCACUUCAGAUUUGGAAUCGCAGAUCGUGCGACUUGAAGGAGGGCGUGUGUAUGACCGAACCUUGCUCGAAUACCCGGCGUUUGCCCCGUUCACGGCGGCUGGAUACUUUGUCGCGCACUCGGACUUCUUGCGGCAAGUACCCUUCGAUCCAUUCCUGCCGUGGAUAUUCAUGGGUGAGGAAAUCAUCAUGAGCAGCCGCUUGUGGACUGCUGGUUAUGACAUUUUCAGUCCCAGCCAAUCCGUGGUGGGUCACAUUUACGUACGUCGGCACAAACCGAAGUUUUGGGAAUCCGUGCACCGGCUCUUGUCGUACGGGAUUCACAAUCCACUCCAAGCGAUGGUGCUAGAGCGCAUUAAGUUCCAGUUGGGUUAUCCAGAAGCGUCCCGCGAUAUGAUCGUACACAAAUCAUUAUUGACGGCAGUGGAACAGUAUGGGAUGGGCAACGAACGCCCAUUAGAGGAGUACCUGCGGCUGGUUGGUCUCAAUGUGACAACCAAGGAAAUAACGUACACGGGUUGGUGCGAGGAAGGGUAUCCACCGCCCGGAUUUGAGCGGUACAACAAUCUUUAUCCCAACGGGAAACUGCGCCAAAAGCCGUAGUCGGACAAGAGAAAGAAAUCCGGAAGAGCCCGUCUUUGUUUGUUGCAAUGUUGACAGAUACGAGUCCGCAAUGUC